UGAACUAAAUUCAUUUUCUUUUGUGGAAAGAGCGUAAACUACAGAGCGGCUUAAUAUCUACCUCCCAAAGUUGCGUCGUUGUUUUUUUAUACGCGUCUCGGUUAUAUUUACCACGACCGCAUGACUGUUGCAGUGGUUGUGGUCAACAUUUUAAAGCGGCACUGCGCCUUUAAAAACAAUCUGCUCCUUGUUUCCAGUCUUAUCCGUUCAGCCGCCGCCGCCGGUUGAGCUGUGGUGGACACGUACGACGGCGAAGAGGAGCCGGACGGUCCAUUCGAGCCAAACAAACCACUUGGCGACAACUUAACGAGUGUUUAAAGUACUUUGGGUGACUUUUGUUGACAGGGUGAGAAGGUCGGAUUUUUUAAUGAGUUGCCCGCGUCUACUUGGGACUGUAGAGAGUGAAGCGGGAGUCGAGGGGAAAGAGGAGGGGGAGCAAAAGGGGGCCAGUCCAAGCUAUCAGAGUCCGGGAUCUACAAGUUGAAGAGCAGACAUACGGCGACUUGUCCGCGACGAAGCUGAAACAAAAAAAGACGCUCCGAGAGCGAGCCAUAACCAAAAGAAGCUUGGAUAUAACAGAGAAAAGUUUGACUGGAAAAGUGUUUCAUUGUCAAGACAGCGAUCGGACGGACUGUAAGCUAACACCUCACUCUUCAUUUAUACUUUUUCCUUGAUUUUUUUUUUUUUUUUUUAAAUACAGCAGCUACUUUUUUCAAGUUGACCCCAUACACACCAGCUCUAAAAUGGAUAAGUACGAGGAUUUAGGACUGGAGGCUAGUAAAUUCAUAGAGGACUUAAAUAUGUAUGAAGCAUCCAGAGAUGGUUUGUUUAGGACGAGAAGAGAUGCAGGUAAUAAUCCUGAUUUUGAGGAGACAAGAAGAGUUUUUGCCUCUAAAAUGACUAAAAUACACAUGCAGAAACACCAAGAGGAAAUGGCUAAAAAUAACCAGGCCAUAAGAAUGAAUGGUGGCCUCCAUAAUGCAUAUUACACCAAGGACAGGCCGCCAAUCAAUAGCUCCAGGCAGCCAGGUGAAGCUGCGGCAAAGCCUCCAAUACUGUCUGGUCCUUUACCACCUGGGGGUUACUCUUCACAUUUCGAAGGUCAGAAGACUCAUUCAGGCACUCAGCCUGAACCUCCAGUCGGCAAGGCAUAUAACUACGGAAACAAUUACGAUAAUAAGGAACGCUCAGACCUCCAUUUGUACCAGGGUAACACCCUUACUGCCCCCAGCCCAGGAAAUACUUCUCACAGUGCAACCAUGCACACUCGUCAUCCGGCUUUGUGGCCCUCAUCCACAGAGUGCCACAAUCCCCCAUCUUUGUCUGAGAGCAGUAUUGCAUCCUCGACCCUUAUCAGUCCAUUACCUUUGCAGAACCCGGAUGCCACUCUUUCGGCUAAUAUUAGUCCAUCUUCCUCACCUUUUCUCGAAGAAAAACCAGACCUCAUUCCUUCACUGCCUCUUAGUGCCUUCACAGGAGGAGCCAACUUCCAUACACCCUCAGUACAGUCUGCCGCGCACUAUGCACCAACUUCUCCAACCUCAAGAACAGCUUCCAGACAGAAUGGUCCCAUUGUGGCUUCCUCUCAAGUGUCUACCGAAUUACCUCAAACCAAAGUGCAGGUCACUUCUGCCACCAUCAACCCUGGCAAUGUCUCUAAAAGCUUCAGCCAGAGUCAAGAUCAGAGGCAAAUACCAAGCUUUGGGAAGGCCAUUGGUGCUGAAUCAUCUUCCUUUAAGCCUGUACAGCCCCCAGAACAGGGCCCAUCAGCUGCCGAAGAAAAAUUAGAGGCCCUAACUGAUCGCCUGGAAAAGGAGAUGACAACUCAUACAAAAGCUGACUACUUUGGAGUCUGUGUGAAGUGUAACAAGGCCGUGCAUGGUGCCAGCCAGGCUUGUCAGGCAAUGGGAAGUCUCUACCAUGACAACUGCUUCACCUGCAGUGCUUGCAGUCGAAGGUUGAGAGGAAAGGCUUUCUACUACGUUGGAGGAAGGGUUUUUUGUGAAGAAGACUUUCUGUACUCAGGCUUCCAGCAGUCAGCUGACAAGUGCAAUGCAUGUGGUCACCUAAUAAUGGACAUGAUCCUGCAGGCUCUCGGUAGGUCGUACCACCCGGGCUGCUUCCGCUGUGUUAUCUGUAAUGAGAGUCUCGACGGCGUGCCCUUUACUGUGGACACUGAAAAUAAGAUCUACUGUGUUAAAGACUACCACAGGGUCCUGGCUCCUAAAUGUGCCUCCUGCAAACAACCCAUCCUUCCAUCUGAGGGUUCCGACGAGACCGUCCGUGUUGUGUCCAUGGACAAAGACUAUCAUGUGGAGUGCUAUCACUGCGAGGAUUGUAAAAUGGAGUUGAAUGACGAGGAGGGUCAUCGCUGCUACCCUCUGAACGGCCACCUUCUUUGCCACUCCUGCCACUUGAAGCACAUUGAGCCUGGGAGCUCCUCUUCCUUGGCCAGCAGCGCCUCCUAUUAACGCCUGUAUAGGAGGAGGGGGACACCUGGUGGACAUUUUGGGGAAACAGUCACAGUAGCGAGUGAUCACAAUUCUUGUUGUAAAGAAUUGGUUAGAAAAUUCACUUAAAGGAUUCAGAAAACCUUAUUAAUCACUGCCCUUUUAAGGAAGUAAACUGCACUCCAAAGCAUUAUUUGAAUGCAGUAAAGUGUUGCCUUAAUGCCUUAAGAUUCACUUUUACGCUAAUGGCUUGGAUUUUCACUUCGACUCUGACAUACAAAACAUAUGGAAUAACCUAAUUAUCACAAGGGCAACAGUUCCAAAUGCGUGCAGGCAGCAUGGUAGCCUUGUGGUUAGCACAUCUACUUCCCAGUCUAGACGUUGGGGGGUCAAGUCCUUCUGUGCACCCUAGCAGGUACUCUCCACGCUUGCGUGGAUUUUCUCUCGGUACUUCAGCAUCCUGCUUUAUUGCUAAAACAUGCAGCUUCAUAUCAUUGAAGACUUUAACUAUCCAUAGAUGUGAAUGGUUGUUUAUUCCAUACAUAACCUGAGAUUGUCUGGUGACCAGUCCAGGAUGUACCCCGCCUCUGGCUGAAAGUAAUUUCAUCUAGACAAUCAGUUUAGCACUGUUGUUUUCCAAGUUUUUACUCCAAGUCCCAGCUGAAAACAUACUUGGCUCUCAAAUUACAACAUUCGUGACAACACUAAAAUGCAGAUGCAUAUAGGAGGCCAAAGUGUUCAUACAGUGUAUCACAAAGGUGAGUACACCCCUCGCAUUUCUGCAGAUAUUUAAGUAUUUUUCAUGGGACAACACUGACAAAAUGACACUUUGACACAAUCAAAAGUUG